CGCUCCUCAUUCGUUUUAGGCGCUGUUCUUUGGCUGUGCUAACUUUUGAUGAAAUAAGUAUUAGCCUACUUUCGUAUUAUUAAUUCCUACAUUUAUUAGGUUUAAUGUUCAGUUACUAGUAUUUUUGAGGGAAAACGAUAUUUCUUUAAAAUAAGUAAUAUAGAACAGGUAGACAUCUCGCUACACAAUGAUAAAUAGUGGUAUAUAAAUAAUAACCAAAAAGGUACUGUUAUUAUAACAGUACCUAUUUCCAAACUAAAUUGUGGCAACUGUAUACUAAGCUAACGAGCUGUUCGUCUCUAUCUACCCAGAAGUUAGGCAGGUUGAGGUCGAGUGAAGCCAAUUCAAGAUGGCGGAAGCGCACUCGGCGGUCGCGUUCUCUUUCGCAAUUACCCACGACGGAUGGGACGUCAACUUUGAUCGGGAGGUGCUCUAUUUGGUGUGGGAAUCUGGCCUCAGAUCUUGGAAGAAACGAUUGGCGCGAUUCAGGAACAGCGUAAGCAAUGGCGUUUACCCGGGCCAUCUUCAAUCCCUCUACGUCUUAUGGGCGUUACUUGUGGCAACACAUUUUGGCGGCUUUAAUAUACCUUUUGGAUUAGUACAAAAAGCAUUAUCGGUUUUGCCUGGGACAUCAACAAUGUGGCAAGUCAUAGCUUGCUUAUUGGCAGCUCUUACAAUGUGGUUAUCAGUCAUAUUCCUGAUGCGGUAUCUCCUUAAAGUUUUACUCAUGUAUAAGGGCUGGAUGUAUGAAUCUCGAGCUCCCGGAGCAAGGAUAUCUUUUAAAACAAUGCUAUGGGUUAGUAUUGUUAAAGUUCUGUCUGGAUGGAACAAACCUAGGCUAUACAGCUUCCAAGGAUCCCUGCCAAGACUUCCAUUGCCAUCUGUUAAAGAUACUAUGAAAAGGUACCUGAAUAGUGUCCGUCCGUUAUUAGAUGAUGAAAAUUACCAACGAGUUGAAAGACUUGCUAAGGAAUUCGAAGAGACGAUAGCUGUUAAAUUACAAAGAUACCUCAUUUUAAAAUCAUGGUGGUCUAGCAACUACGUGUCAGAUUGGUGGGAGGAAUACGUGUACUUGCGAGGUCGCUCUCCAUUGAUGGUCAACUCAAACUUCUACGGAACUGAUGCCAUCUUACUUAGACCUACAACAAACCAGGCAGCGAGAGCCGGCGCUAUAAUACACUUCUGUCUACAAUUCAGAAGAUUGAUCGAACGACAGGAAUUGGAACCGAUAAUGCUUCAAAAUAUGGUACCAUUGUGCUCAUGGCAAUAUGAACGUCUGUUCAAUACGGUGCGCGUUCCCGGAGUAGAGACGGACAAGUUGGUUCACUAUCAGGAUUCCACCCAUGUCACCGUUUACCAUAAGGGUCGUUAUUUUAAACUGAUGGUCUACUCAAGAGGCAGGCUGCUCAAACCUGUAGAAAUACAACGUCAAAUCGAACAAAUCCUUCAUAAUAAAUCAGAGCCAAUGAUAGGGGAAGAGCGGGUUGCUGCUUUAACUGCUGGGGAAAGGUCACACUGGGCACAUAUACGACAGACAUGGUUCAAUAGAGGGCACAACCGCACCUCUCUGCAUUGCAUUGAAAGAGCUGCUUUCAAUGUAUGCCUUGAUGAUAAAGAUUAUGGAUAUGACGAGAAGAAUCCUAGCAAAUUAGAUGAAUAUUGUCGUGUACUGUUGCACGGUCAGGGACAUGAUCGUUGGUUCGACAAAUCUUUUAACCUGUGCUUCAGCAAGAAUGGCUUCGUUGGAUUCAAUGCUGAGCAUACUUGGGCGGAUGCACCUGUAAUGGGUCAUCUUUGGGAAUAUGUUAUCUGGUCAGAAUUACAGAACGGUUAUACAGCGGAGGGCAACACACAUGGUAUUAUAGAAACCGCUCCUCCGCCACCAAUAAGAUUGCAAUGGGAUUUGAACAAAGAAGAAAUAAUGAAAGGAAUCGACGUUUCUUAUAAUAUUGCCCAGAAUUUACUCAAUGAUGUUGAUUUACGUAUUCUAACAUACACCCAAUAUGGAAAAGGCUUCAUGAAAAGUUGCCGCGUGUCUCCGGACGCUUUCAUCCAGCUGUUACUGCAGCUGUCGUAUUAUAGGGACGCUGGUCGCUUCUGCCUCACCUACGAAGCUUCAAUGACACGCUUGUUCCGUGAAGGCCGGACUGAAACUGUCCGCUCCUGUACCAUCGAGAGCACCGCCUGGGUCCGCGCUAUGGAAGAUCCUAAUGCAACCGUUGAAGAACGUAUGCAGCUAUUUGUAAAGGCAAGCAAACGUCACCAACUUGGCUACCAGGAUGCGAUGGCGGGAAGGGGCAUCGACCGUCACCUAUUCUGUCUUUAUGUUGUCUCCAAAUAUCUGGAACUUGACUCGCCUUUCUUACAAGAAGUCUUCAAUGAACCGUGGCGACUAUCAACUAGUCAAACACCACACGGUCAAACAAGCAUGUUGGAUAUGAAGAAGUAUCCGAAAUGCGUAAGCGCAGGCGGCGGCUUCGGACCUGUUGCGGACGACGGUUACGGUGUUUCAUACAUUAUUGUUGGCGAAGAUACUAUAUUCUUCCAUGUAUCGAGCAAGAAGAGUUGCCCAAUAACGAGCUCAAGCAACUUUGUGAAACAAAUCGAAAGGUCUCUGAAGGAUAUAAAAGACCUCUUUACAGAGUAUAAGAAACUUAAAAACAAUGAAUAGUAUCACAAACUGUGAGUUUCCACUGUUGUAACACAUUUUUUCAACAAUAUUGCCAUCCUUUUAUUCACUUUGAAAACAACCAACAAUAUUGUUUGUAUGUAUUACAACGGUUGAAAUUACAUAGUAAUAUGGCAAACGCUUUUAUAGUAUAGUUAAAUGCAAUUUUUUUUCUGUUUUCUUUUUUUGUUGUUGUAAUUUGUAGUUUAUGAAUUUUUUUUAGCUGUAAGCUUUUUCAAUACAUCACUAAUAAUUAUGAUAUAAUCUAUCAAUUUUAUAUUUAUAGUCUGUACAUGUUCAUAUGACUAUCAUUUAUAAAAAAAAAACAAAAUAUUUUGUCAUACUUCUUGUUUUGAGAUAAGUCUUUGUACCUGUUUCUACAAUGGAAACCCAUUAAACAACACUUGAAUGUUACCACAUACAUGAAGAUUUCAAGCCUAUGGUGACAUUCUACAAAUAGAGAAAUCGUGUGUAAUAUUAAGAAAUAAUUUUUAUAUUUUCGUAUUAGCUUUUUGUAUGUUAAAAAUCGAGUAUCGAAAUCAAUGUAUAAUAUUUUUAAAAUAAAUUAUAGCUAACUAAAAUACUAACAUAGUUUAUCUAAAGUGAUUUGAGAUGUAUUUUAAUUGAUUAACUAGUUGUUUUUGUAUCAAGGUUUCCACUUAAACAGUGAUUGACUAAUUUUAUAUUUAUAUUAUAAACUGUAACAAGUACAAUGUAAAAAGUAAUCACAGAUGUUUUAUCUUUUUAUGUAUACUAUACAAUUGCAAGCAUUAUUUUAAAUGAGAAACACAUAAUUUAAUUAAAUGGAAUGCUCCUAUUGAGUUCUAUUGUACCUCAGAAAAUGUAGCCCUAUUUCAAAUAUCAGUGUUUCCUAAACUUGACCAUCGUACAAAAAAAGUAACCUAAAGUCCAUUUUUUAAAUUAGAGACACUAAAAUGACAUGUGUUGCCAGAUUUCUGCACUUAAAUGUGUCCAUACUUGCCAUUACCGUAAAAAACGUAAAUUUAAAAAAUGUCUGUUUCGUUUGUUUGUGAUAAUUAUCAUGAAAAAUUGUAAUAUUACAAUUACUAUUUUUUUUAAUAAUUAAAAACAGUUAUUUUUCAGAUCAAGAUAAUUUAUUUAGCCGUAUGGAUACAAUAUACAAAACUGCCGAAUUGUCAUAAUUAUAGUAAUAUUAACAUUAAUCUAAGCACCUUUUAAAGUUAAAAGUUACGAUUUAGCAAACCAGUAUCAACGUAUAGCACUGCAUAAAAAUGCUUACAUUAUUUUGAAAUUUAACAUUUGCAUGUGUCAAUUUAGGCCUACUAAUUAAAAAAUAGACUUUAUAUUCAUGUAACAGUAUCAGUAGUAACGUAAGUUUAGAAAAAUUUACACAAUCUUUAUAAAAAAAUUAGCAAAUUAAACAUGUAUUAAUAAAUAACAUAUCAGUAUAAUAAAGUGUGUUAAUUAAGGAAUUGUAACUGUCGAUCUAAAACAUUUUUAAUCUAUUUUUAAGUGAUGCUAUCCCUACUAUGGGAAUUAUGCCAAUUUAGGAAACACAGAUAAACUAUCAUCACAUUUGUUUUAAGUUGUUACUUACGAUUUGAAAAAUGUGUUAGUAACAUAAUUCUUUUACCGUUUACAAUGUAAAUAAAUAACUAUUAAAAAUC